AUGUCCCGCCAGAUGAAUAUUCGUCCUGUUCGAGUUGCCAACCGCUCCGGUUCUUACGGUGACCCUGCAUAUGAGAUGUACCGCCAGGCGACGAUGGGUGAUGUUGACUUUCUCACCGGCGACUACCUCACAGAGGUCAAUCUCGCGAACAACGCCAAAGGCUGGAGGGAGGGAAAUCACCCCGGCUACGAAGAGACGGCCUGGGAAGGAAUCCGACAGACCAUUAAUGUGAUCGCAGAGAAGAGAAUUCGCGUGGUAACCAACGGCGGUGCUCUCGACCCGAAAGCCCUGGCCUUGAAAGUUCACGCAUUGGUCUCAGAGAAAGGGUACAAAUUGACGGUGGCAUACGUCUGCGGAGAUGAUCUAUAUCCCGACCCGGGGCCGCACAUGCCGACGACGAAGGAGGAAUUGCAUCAUCUGGACUCGCGCAACCCAUCUGUCAGACCUCCGGAUUUGACAGCGCGGGGGAUUGUGGAUGGUCUCCGACGUGGAGCGGACAUCGUCAUCUGCGGCCGGGUGGCGGAUGCAAGUCCUGUCAUCGCUGCCGCUUGGUUCUGGCGUGGUUGGUCUGAGACGGACUAUGACCUUCUAGCGAAAUCUCUGAUUGCGGGGCAUCUGAUUGAAUGCUUUGCCUAUGUCACCGGCAGAACUUUCGCUGGGUUCGACGGAUACGACCUUAAUAGCUUGGUGGCACCGGGGUUCCCGAUUGCCGAAAUUGCAGAUGACGGUUCUUGUGUCAUCACGAAGCACCCACACACCAAGGGCAUGGUGAACGUAGUUACUGGUCGGUGUCAUUUUCUGUAUGAGCUGCAGGGAGAUACCUAUUUCAACAGUGAUGUCAGCGCCUUCGUUGGCGACGUCUGCGUCGAGGUGGUGGGCCAGGACCGAGUUCGGGUUUCUGGAAUCAGGGGGUCUCCGCCUCCUCCAAUCACGAAACUCGCGGUGUUCUACGAAGCAGGGUUCGAGGCUGAAGUACUUCUGAACGCGACGGGUUACGCCACCUCUCAGAGGUAG